AAAAAAAAAAAAAAAAAGAAAAGAUGCAGAAUCGGAUCCUAUGAAUGAAUCCAGCACAGCAGCACAUCCAGCAUCCACCACCACACCCACAACCUCCCGUCCUUUGCUCUCUACCCCUCUUCCCUCGGUACCAUUUUUGAAAUCCACAGCACAGCAACUACUGUUUUCACUCGCUAAACCCCAAAAAACAGCGAAGCCAACCCAACCCAACCCAAGCAUAGAUUUGUAAAGAAAGAGACUGCUGAGGUGGUGGAUUCAAGAAAAGAAAUAUACGGGACAGCGCACGAGACGAUCCCACCACCGCCGGGUCGGUUUCGAAAGAAUCAGGCGCCAUGCCCUCGGGUUCCAAGAAGCGAAAAGCUGCUAAGAAAAAGAAAGAAAAUCGGCCAGGCAAUCAUCAAGAUCCAUCAUCUUUGGCUUCUGGGCAAUCUCAUGGGACUGAUGAUGUGAAGCAUCAAGAUGACAAACACAGUGAUGUUGGGGAGGUUGACUCUCCAGCGGCAGCGUCGCAAGACCUCCAUGGCCACAGCAACGUUUUGGCAGAAGGGGUCCAAGAAGUUAUCCAUGAUGAAAAGAUUACUUCGGAUAACAAGCCAGAGGAGGGAGUGAAGACCGAGGCUGUCGAAGAGGCGAAUGUUGUUUCAGCUGAAAGGGAAGUCAGGAUUGAGGACGACUACAAUAAAAAGGAUGACAGGUUUGAGCAUGAGGAGACAACCAAGAGGUCGUAUGAUGGAGGUUCAUCCAGGAGCUCAAGAAGCAGUAGCAGCAGCAGCAGCAGCAGCAGCUCAGACGAUGAGUCUAGCUCUAUCAAAAGUAGUCAAGCUGCCAAGGACAUUCCUCCGUUGCUUGAUUCAGCAACAGUACCCAACUCCUUGUCUGAAAGUAAAACAAAGACUGAUGAUGGCGUUGCCAUUGAAGAUGCAGGAGAUUCGAUUGCGAACAACGUCUCGGUUGUCCUCGACAGAGUAGAAAUGAAUAUUAGUUCUCUGGAGAAUUCACCCCUUUCUCAGGUUAAGUCUGUGAUUGAGGAGACGGAGGAGAAAAAGAUGAGUUCUUUUGAGGAUACAUCUGUUGCUUUAACAUUAGACCCAAAGGAAGAAGAAACUAUUCAAUCUACUGAGCAAGUUGCUACAAUUUCUGAUCCAACGGUAUAUGUGCCUCAACCAACUGAGAAAGUUGCUACAGUUUCUGAUCCAACGGUAUGUGAGUCAACUGAGAAAGCUGCUACAAUUUCUGAUCCAACUGUAUGUGAAUCAACUGAUGAAAAAGUUGCUACAAUUUCUGAUCAAACGGUAUGUGUGCUGUCUCAAUCAACUGAGGAUCAGUUGAUGGUUUCAUACAAUGUGCCUGUAGCUGCUGGCAAGAAUGAAGCUGAACAUGUGAGCAAUUCUGGAGUUACUGAGCCGGUUGUUCAUACUGCUCCACGUCCCGUACAGACUACAUCCUGGAAGAGUUGUUGUGGAUUGUUUGAAUUGUUUACAGGGUCUGGUAGAUAAAUUCGAGGUUGUUAUCCUUUAAAACUUCCAUGCUGCGUUUAUUUAUAAGCGGAGCUUGGAUAACCUUGGCACUUGUAAAAUGCUUUUGAAGGAUUCUCUGCAGCAUGUAUGUGAUUGUUCAUGUUCAACGAUAUAGUUCUGAAGAAUAAGGUGCGGAGAAGUCUUCCAAAGCUGUGGCAUAUUGCUAGCAUUAUACAUAAAAGCUACUUCUGGUGAGAUGCUACUUUUAGUUGAUUUUGCAGUGGAUAGACUGGACUUUUUGCUUGAGUGUGAUACAUCGGAUUCUUGAAGACGUAGUUUGAGUUGCUUGAGGAAACUCAUCAAGUUUACAGUCCGCUCUUUUUUUUUUUUGUUUUAUGAAUUAGUUGUUGUCCUAUUGAUGAUGGAUGUUAUUUGUUGUUAAUAUGAUACAACAAGCAACAUGCUGUGAGAAAGAAGUUUGAAUCACAAUGUGCUGUGCUGUUA